AUGAACAAAGAAGUAGAAAUAUGGGAUGACGAAGAUCUUUUGGGAGAGAUUUGCGAUAUAUCGGAUCAGGUUUCAGAUGCAUCGCUAAUUCGUGACCAUAUAAAAGAUGUACCUUUUGAAAAAGAGAUGAUGGUAAAAGAUAUUAAUGAAGUGAUGGAAAAAGCGGCAAUGUCAGGUAUUCCUUUGCCUCGGAAUAUUACUCCAUCAUCAUUGAUGGGUGGUACAAUUCGUCGUUUAGGGACACGUAAGGCAGGAGUAACAGUAAUGGAUGAUUGGGGAGAUGAUAUACAAUUAACACCAGGACUACUAAAUGAAAAGCUUAUUCAACGAUCUUCAGCAGUUGAAAAUGAAGACGUAUUCGGCGAUAUUGAGGACUGGUCAGCUAAAAUAGAAAAGCCACAGACAGCAGUUCAAAAGCGACUUCGUGAAGGAUUGCUUCCUCGGAAAAGUGUGGAACCGUCAAUAAUUGCACAAAAUAGUACAUUUGAUGAUACAUUUGAAUCAGAUUUUGAUAUUCCAAAUAACAUAGAUAAUUUUCACAUUCAUCAUCCACCUCAAAAAACACAUGCAUUAGGUAUAUCACAUGCACCGACACUAGAAAGUGAUAAUGAUGAUUGGGGUGAUUCAUCGUUGGGUAUACGGAGUGCUGGUGCAGAUUCUAGGUCGGCAAGAGCUUCUAUAGCAUCUAGUUUGAGUCCUUCUAUGAGUUCAAUGACAUUAAGUGAAGAUGAAAGUAUUUUGGAAGGAAUAGAACUUCCAUCAAGUGCAUUGGAUCUACAAAAAAGAUUCGAUAUAUGUAGACAAAGAAAGAUAAAUGAGCGUACUCUUAAAGAGGUACAAUUUUUAAAGGAAGACUUUUUUGUAGAUAUUGAAGUUGACAAAGACAAUUUUCUUGAUUCAUCAAAAAAAUUUAAUUCCAAUGUCAAUAUUAUUAAGCAUUUUAUGGAUAAUGAUACGCAAAAUCCCCAAAGACAGCCACAGGCAACAAUCAAGUUUAGCUCAAAGUCUUCUCGUAUUCCACAACCAGUUUUACCACUACCUAAAAUAAAUAAAGAGAAUAUUUCCAGGCCAUCAUAUUCUGAAAAUCGACCCUUGGUCCAAGAAAAAAUGGUCUCGAAAAAAUCUUCGUUAAUGAAUUUUCAAGAACAAGAAGAUAAUCUUCAUUCCAUGUCUACGAAGCGAUCAAUGCCUUCUUUACAGUCUCAGUAUAUAUCCCCCCCUCACUAUAAUUUGUCGGAUAAUUCACGACUUAAAUCAAAUACUUAUAAUACUCAUCAUAAUCAUCCUAAAACUGUUUUAGAAAAUGGACACUCAAAAACACAUUCAAAUAAUUUUAACUCAUCUAACCCACGAUAUUCAAGAGGAAGUGAUGAAUUUCCUGGAAUAGUUAGCAGAGUUCCACGAUAUGCUUCACCUACCAAUGCAUCUUUAGCAAGAGGUACUACGCUAUUAAAUAAGUUCCAAAAGUGUACAUCUGAUGGAAUAUCUCGAGAUCAUUCUCCUAUUAGAAUUCUAACUCGUCCUCAAAAACUAUCAAAUUAUGGAGAUGGAACAGAAUUAGAUGCAUUUGACGAUUUACCUACAUGUUUUGCCACAGAGAAUAAAUAUUCAGAAAAAAAUUAUAAAAAAGAACAUUUAAAAUUUAAAGAUGCUUCAGAUAUACCGUUGGAAACUCAUUACUCAAAGAUUCCUGAGAUGGAUCGAUACAAAGAUGGGUCUUCUAAAAGUAAUAUUCAUCCUAUGAUUAAGAACAACGGUUUCAGACCUAAAACUAAUAUACAACUAUUUCCUACAAAAAUUAAAUUAAAGAAAAAAACUAAACAAAUGCCUACACUUAUUCGUAAUUUAAAUUCAUCACCUAUUCCCAAAGUUGUUGGGCAAAUGAAAUAUAAUCCUCAAACUCGAAUUUGGGAAGGUAAUGAAGUAGAAUUACAGAAAUUUGAUCUGUAUUAUACAUCUCCACGUCCAGCGCUUAUUUCUCAUAUUUCUGAUAAGAAAGAUAUGCAAAUUGUUGGAGAUAUGAUGUUUGAUCCUCAAAAGAUGUGCUGGAUUAAAAUCAACCCAUCAACAGAAGAUGAAAAUGAUCCAUUUGAGGGAAUUAAGGAUUUAGCCAAUAAUGAUUCUUAUAUCUUUUUUGAAUCGAGUAAUAAUUCUAAUGGCUUAUCAAAUUCAAAUUAUACAGAUACCCAAAAUUUUGUUGUUGGUGAAGAAUUUGAUGUAGGUCCAGGAUUUAUUCGAAAACAAAGAGAGGAAGAAGAGAAUUGGAAGAAAAGUAUUCAGGGUUGGAUUAAACAAGGAUUUCCAAAUCGUAAUCAUUUACGAGAAAUUAGAAAAAUAGUUAUAAAUGGACGAUAA